CCAUUGCAAGACUGACCAUUGCGCGGUACACACGCUGCCAGUGAUAUUUUUAUCUGAUAGUAUACAUACAUUGUGUUGUGAAAAUGAGCGGAAACUUUCUGACGAUACCCGGCGAAGGAGCCAUGGGACGCCGGUCACGGAGUUCAUCACUGACAGACCUUAUAUCAUCAUUCGACAACAAAGCCCAAGCACAUACGGAACUACAGAAAAUCACAGCCUUCAGUGGGCAGUUCGAUAAAAAUCACAAACCUACCUUUUCCAAAGACGAAUAUGGCAAGCCUGUCCCCGGAUCCAAGACUGAAUACAGAGGCGCAGAAGCUCAGGCGAGAGUGUGCACAGAAAUGAAAGAGCUAUGUGAAAUUAUACACGAGUAUGGUAAAACGCCUUGCAAAGGCCUCUUACCACCGGAACUGAAGGACGCGACCAAAGUUAUUUCAUUCGGAGAGUUAUUCACAAUUUAUACAGUAAUCUCGGACAAACUCGUCGGUAUUCUACUGAGGACGAGAAAGUAUCAACUAACAUACUUUGAAGGAGAAGUUUUAUUCCAGAAACGGGACGACGACGUGCCUGUGUUCUUGAUGCAGCCGAUCCAAGAGAUACGAGAGUACUGUAACAAUAAAGCUAUGCAGGCCCGGCGAUCGGUGUCACCAAUGCCAAACUAAAUAAAACUAAAUAAUUAGAGGAUUACAAUCACUACAUAAUAGGAAGUAAACAAUCCGCCUUCUUCACACUUUUAGAGCCCCCACGCACUAUGCAACUUGGUUGCGGCAGCCUAUCUGACUUUUUUCUUUUUUCGGACGGACCCGAGAUUGGCCGAUGACUACCUGAGGGGUUGUUACUACGCUACCGGGGAGAUAGGGUGAGUGCGAAAGCUCGCCAUACGAAGAGCCUCAGCCUACCUGCUGCUAGCAUACCUCAUGAGCAGUCUGUUUUAGCAACCAAUGAACGCAGCGAAAGUUUGAAAAAUUACGCGAAGAAAUUUAUAGAAAAUUAUUAUGGAAUAAAGGCAGAAUUUAACAACAUUUAAUCGCCUUGCCUAGUUAUAGCUGCAAACUGCAAAAUGUUAGUUAUAUAAUCUUCCACAGCUAUUAGCUGUAGAGUGGGGACCUCUUAAGUCUGAUCCAUUAUCGGUCCCAUUAAAAUCCAAGCUGCCUAGUGCGUAGGGGCUCUUACUGUCUCGAAUUGCUGAUGUGGAAAAUUUCACUAAAAGAUAAACCGACUCUUUGAGAAGGUAUUAUUAUGUAACUGUGUAUUAGAUUAAGUAAGAUUAGUCUUUAGGUCAAUUAAUUAGUAUUUAAUAUAAUUUGUUAGUAUAGUGUAGGAUUUAAUACUAUACAACCUGUUUUUAUUUUCCAUCUGUUUCAAUGACCGUGUUAUAAAAGUCUGAGUCUGUAGAGGCUGCUGCAUGCAACUUUUAUUUACCUGCUUAUAUUGUUGAAGAAGGCUGUA